CGCCCGUACAUCAUAUAAUUUCCCUACCCAAGAUAAUACGAUAAUAAAAGCUUAUCCACCUUAGAGUGUUGCUUCACUCUGCCGCAAGCAAUGUCGUCAAACAUCCUCCGCUCACUACUUCCCUACUCACCCCAAUCCAACACCUCCAUCCUCCUAAAACCUUCAACAGCCGCCAAAACACUGACCCAGAUUCCCUUACCCUGCCGCCAUCGACAGCCAUUCAAGAUCAAUUCAACUAACAGUGAUACCAACAGAAACGACUUGCCGCCGCCGAAGGUAACACCGCCAGAGACUGUGGAAAUUAAGUUCAGAAGAGGUGCGAGGAGGCGGCGGUUGAGGGAGGAUGGUGCUGGCGACGGGCAACCAUUCUCAAAGAAGGCUCAAGCUCCUGACCCUGCACCAAAGAAAUGGGAAGAUAUGAGCCUGGCGGAGAAGACCAUGGAGCUCUACGUGGGGGAAAAGGGCGUGCUUUUCUGGCUCAACAAGUUUGCUUAUGCUUCGAUCUUUAUUGUGAUAGGAGGUUGGAUUCUGUUCCGAUUUGUAGGGCCUUCGCUCAAUCUUUACCAAUUGGAUACUCCUCCUGUGUCUCCUUCUACCAUGUUCAAAGGUUCAUGAUAUUCUGGCUUCUUGAACCCUGUUGGUUUAGUGUGCGGUUGUGGAUUUUCUGACAGAUUUUCGGAAAUUGUUUUGAUAAUAGAAAAUAAAUCUAUUAGUUUAUAAUGAAUCCGACCAAGAAAUACAUGCAUUUGCAUAUCAAA